UCGAUGUCGCCCCACUUUCCACCUUUUCACGCAACCCAAAGACCUUGAGUCGCUCAAUUCGUCAUCAACUCUUCACCAAAACCCAUCAAUUCGGUUUCGCACUCAACGGCCAACCCCAAAAUGGAAGAACUCGCCAUCCUCAUCCUCGGCGCAGGCUGGACCGCGACCUUUCUCAUUCCCCUCCUCGAAUCCCGCAACAUCUCCUUCGCCGCGACCACCACGACGGGCCACCCCGUCGCCGGCGCCCCCACUCUCCCCUUCAAAUUCGACCCCUCCGCGCCAGAGGACCAGACCCGCGCCGCCAUCGCCGCCCUGCCCCGCGCCCGCCACGUCCUCAUCACCUUCCCGCUCACCGGCGCCGGCCCGAGCAAGCUCCUCAUCGAGACCUACACCAGCACCCACCGCAGCGGCGGCGCCGCGCCAUCCGCCCACCCCUCCUCCUCCUCAUCAUCCUCAUCAUCACCAUCCUCAUCCACUCCGCGCUUCAUCCAGCUCGGCAGCGCGGGCAUCUGGCAGCCCGGCUCCCCCUACCAACUCCAACUCCCCCAGUCCCAGUCCCAGUCCCAACCCCAAUCUCAACCCCAACAACCCCAACAACCCCAACCCCAAGAAGACCAUCCCCCCCCCUGGAAAACCCGGCACUCCCCCUACGCCACCGCCAACCCGCGCGCCAUCGCCGAGGACGAGCUGCGCGCGCUCGGCGGCUGUGUGCUGAACCUGGCGGGCCUGUGGGGCGGGUCGCGCGCCGUGCGUGGCUGGGCUGGCCGUGUCGCGCCCGACAAGGCCGCGGUGAGGGGGAAGGGGAGUCUGCAUCUGGUUCAUGGGGUUGAUGUCGCGAGGGUGGUGGUGAGGAUCGUGGAGGGGGGUGGUGGGGAUGGGGGGUGGUGGGAGAGGGUGGGCAGGGGCCAGCGGUGGAUGGUUACGGAUGGGUUUGUGUAUGACUGGUGGGCGCUGUUGGCGGGGUGGGCGGAGGUGGAGGAGGGGAAGAGGGAGGAGGGGGGUGGGGUGACGGAGCAGGCGGGGUGGGUGUUUGAGUUGAUGAGGGAGGAGGGGGUGAGGGCGUUGCCGAGGUCGAUGGAGGCGUUGGGGAGGUGUUAUGAUACGAGGGAGUUUUGGGAGGCGUUUGGGUUGGUGCCGUUGAAGGGGAGGGUUGUGUGAUCAUGGUGGUGAGCAUGGGGGACGGACCCGGCAAAAGAGUAUUGUUUCGCAUCAAUUGGAAAACUGCAUUGGUGCCUACUCUGCACAUGAACCAAAAAGACCAACACAGCAUGUGCAUCUGGUUGGCCGAGACGGAGGGCAGCCGUUGGGUUCUCGCGACUUUCUAGUUUCACCCAGUCAGUUGUUCAAACAAGCAAUGUCAAAAAAAUCUGGUGACG